GCUCACACUAGUUCGUUCAUCGCCCAUCACUUCACUUGAGAAGGUAAAAAAAACACCUCCAUCCUACCUACCUCCUAAUGGAGCUUUCACCGUCGCCGGCCUCAUUCCUCGCCGUCGUGCUCGCCGCCGCUCUGUUCCUCGUGGCCAUUCUCCGCCAGCGCCGCCCCACGCGCAAGUACAACCUCCCACCGGGCCCCCGGCCGUGGCCGGUGAUCGGCAACCUGAACCUGAUCGGCCCGCUCCCGCACCACUCCAUCCACGACCUCUCGGCGCGGUACGGCCCGCUCAUGUCCCUCCGGUUCGGCUCCUCCCCCGUCGUCGUCGGCUCGUCGGUCGAGACGGCCAGGUUCUUCCUCAAGACCCACGACCUGGCGUUCAUCGACCGUCCCAGGACGGCGGCCGGCAAGCACACCACCUACAACUACUCCGGCCUCUUCUGGUCGCCCCACGGCGCGUACUGGCGCCAGGGGCGCAGGCUCUGGCAGGCCGAGCUCUUCAACGCGAGGCGGCUCGCGUCGCUCGAGCACGUCCGCGGCGAGGAGGUGCGCUCGAUGCUCAACGAUCUGCGCGCCUCCGCGGCGGCGGCGGCGGCCGGCGGGCAGCACGCGGCGGUGGCGCUCAGGGAGCACCUCUACAUGGUGAACCUCAACGUGAUCUCGCGCAUGGUGCUGGGAAGGAAGUACGUCGUCGACGGGGCCGGCUCGCCGGUGACACCGGAGGAGUUCAGGCGGAUGAUCGACGAGCACUUCUCACUCAACGGCGCGCUCAACGUCGGGGACAUGAUCCCGUGGCUCAGCUGGCUGGACCCGCAGGGGUACGUCAGGAGGAUGAAGAGGUCGGCCAAGAUGUUCGACCGGUUCCUGGAGUACGUCCUGGACGAGCACAACGAGCGGCGGCGGCGAGAGGGCAAGGAGUUCAUCGCCACGGACAUGGUGGACGUGCUUCUCGAGCUCGCCGACGACCCCAAUCUCGAGGUCCCGAUCGGGAGGGAUGGUGUCAAGGGAUUCACUCUAGACCUCAUCGGCGGCGGCACGGAUACGUCGUCGGUGACCGUCGAGUGGGCCAUGUCUGAGAUCCUCAGGAGCCCCGAGGUCCUUGCCAAGGCCAGCGAGGAGCUGGAGCGUGUGAUCGGCCGCGACCGCCUUGUGGCAGAGCAAGACAUCCCAAACCUCCCGUACAUGGAGGCCAUCGUGAAGGAGACCAUGCGCCUGCAUCCCGUUGCUCCACUUAUGUCGCCGCGGCUGUCCCGGGAGGACGUGUCCAUGGGCCGCUACGACAUCCCGGCGGGCACGCGCGUCCUCAUCAACGUCUGGGCCAUCGGCCGUGACCCGGCAGUGUGGGAAGCCCCCAUGGAGUUCCGGCCGGAGCGGUUCGUCGGGAGCGGCGUGGACGUGAAAGGGCAGGACUUCGAGCUCCUGCCGUUCGGGUCCGGCCGCCGGAUGUGCCCCGGCAUCGGCCUCGGCCUCAGGAUGGUGCACAUGAUCCUGGCCAACCUGCUGCACGCCUUCGCUUGGAGGCUCCCCGGCGGCGCGGCGGCGGCGGAGGAGCUGAGCAUGGAGGAAACGUUCUCGCUCACCGUGCCCCGCAGGGUCCCGCUCGAGGCCGUCGCCGAGCCCAAGCUCCCGGACCACCUCUAUGCCGUGCCGUGAAGCAUGCAUAUCGAUCUGCCUCCGUGCGCGCGUACGAAAUGCAUAUGAUGCCUGUGCUUUGUACCGACAAUAAGGACGAGAGACUUUUGUCACACAUCCAUGCUCGAUCCGUCUCUAUUGUUGUUCUGUGCUUGUCUCCUAGUUUCACUCUAUAACUCAAAUUUAAUGUACCCUAUAUUAUUAAUUAAAUAAAAAAAGAUUGUUAGUGUUCGAGA